UUGCCUUUUGAAAAGUACAUAGUCCACUGCAUGAAAGAUGUUGACCUUCCACUGUAUCUUACUGUUGAAGAUGCUACGUACGACUUGCAUCCAAUAGUCUCGGGCAACGACAUAUUCAAAAAAGAGUUGCAAAGCCAUACACCUCUUCGCGUUAAGUUAAACGGCCCUGUGAGUCAUUGGCCAUCAGCUGAAGAGCUUCAGCUCGACCAGUCCCAGUUCGAGGCCUACCAUGCUGCUCUUACUCAAGAAUUUGUUUUGAUUCAGGGACCACCGGGUACCGGCAAAACACAUGUCGGCCUCCAGAUUGCCAAGACGCUUCUUCAUAACAAAGAUGCAUGGCAAGAUAGGUCCUCAAGACACCGUUGUACAUUCAGAAACACGCAAUCAAAAACGAAAGAUCAAAUUCUGGUAGUCUGCUACACGAACCAUGCUUUGGAUCAGUUUUUGGAAGGUAUCGUAAAGUUUCUUGACGGCAGCAAUAAGAGGAUGUGGUCUGACGAAAUUGUGCGGGUUGGCGGACGGUCCGAAAAUGAAGCUAUUCAGGAGUUCUCUUUGAAAAAUCGUCGUCAUCAUUACCACCGCCCUUUUUAUGAGAGACAAGAACAGGAGCGAAAACUGGAUCAACUUUACAAUUUAAUUAAUAGCCAACACCGGAACAUAUCAUUUUUAGCGUACAGUCUCAGCCACGUAAAUGAUACAGUUCUUGAUGUUAAGUUAUUAAUACCAGUUAUGCGAGAGGAUCAUCAGCAAUUCUUUGUAGUGGCAGACAAACCGGAGGAGCUGUUUCAUUGGCUAGAGGCCGACAAAAAUGCUUGGCUCCGAAGAUCUGAAAGAGCUUACAAAAACAUGUCCCAGUUGAAAACAGUGUCAUCGUCAGCAAAUACGGAAGUAGCGAUUCAUACGGCCACAAAUGAAGAAAAUAUCGAAGAAAACGAAGCAAAAAAAGUGGAAGAUGACAGGAGGAUUGAAGAUGAUGACUUCAGCGUACGGUUCAAGGAGCAGGUCGGUCUUGAUGUUCGACAGCAACUCAUGGUCGUUCUUAACGAUAUACAAUCAACACAACACCUUGAUAAACAAUUUCAAUCAUUAGUACAUCGUGAGGCAAACGCAACACUGGCCAGACUUAAAGCCAGUGACAGGAUGGAUGCGAAUGAAGUCGGUAAUAUUCGGCGUAGUUUGAAGAGGCUUUCGGUAGAGCAGCGCUGGCGACUGUAUCGCCAUUGGGUGUACUUGUAUCAACAAAUGCAGAACGAACAACUUCCCGAAUUGGAAAAAUCGUAUUACGAAACGAUAGCAGACAUGAAAUGUUGCCAACCAGCGCAGACUUUUGAAUGUGAGGUCAUAGUAGACCGGGAGCUUGCAUGUGGACAUUCCGUUCAACUCAAGUGUCAUAUCAACACGGAGACAUACAAGUGUAAGAUCAUUGUGACACGAACCCUGGAAGCGUGUUCACAUGAAGCAGAUAUGCAGUGCUGGAAGAAUCCAGAUACGCACGAAUGUCGAAGUGUGGUUAACCGAAUUCUACCCUCGUGUGGUCAUGAGACCGACAUGGAUUGUUACAGGGUUCCUGCAGAUGUUCGCUGUGAUAAAACUAUUACGAAAAGUCGUGACAGUUGUGAACACAACUAUGACGUUCGUUGCAGUGAUUGGAACACGAGUAUUGACAACUUCCAGGGAGAAGAAAAUGACAUCAUUCUUUUGUCUCUUGUGCGCAGCAAUAAAGAUGGAAAGAUCGGAUUUCUCUCCAGAGAAAAUAGGAUAUGUGUGGCUCUGUCCCGCGCUAAGAAAGGACUGUAUGUUAUUGGGAAUUUUGAUAUGUUUGAAUCUAGAAAUUCUCGAUGGGCUGAUGUUGUGCAAAAGGUGAAGACGGCAGGACAGUUUGGAAAAGCUCUGUCACUUUACUGUCAAAACCAUUUGCAGGCUGAAGGUAUACAAGCGGAAGAUGCAUCAGAUUUCACGAAAUCACCAGAAGGAGGAUGCGAAUUAAAGUGUGACUUCCGGUUAUGUUGUGGGCACGCGUGUAGGCUUUACUGCCACCCCAUAGACAGAAUGCAUACAAAGUACGUCUGCAAGCAACUCUGUGACAAGAUAUGCCAAAAUGAGCACAUUUGUAAAAGGAAGUGUCAUUUUGGCGAAAAUUGUGAAUGUCCAAUUACAAUGUGCUCCCGCCUAUGCCACGAGGAAUGUGACAGGCCUCCGUGUGACCAACCAUGUCCGCAACUUUUGAAAUGUAAACAUCCGUGUAUGGGCUACUGCGGUGACCCUUGUCCGAGCCUCUGUCUCGUUUGUGAACCUGUGAGGUGGUCAGAGUUCGACGACGAAUGGAACUCUUUUGGGGACAUUCGUAUUGUACGACUCGAAGAAUGUGGCCAUGAACCUUCUGCUAGGUAUUUGGACAAAAUGUUUGCUAAGGAGGACAAUAACUUGAGUUUGUUAUGCUGUCCAAUAUGUGCAAAGGUUAUAAAAUGGCAUCCACGUUAUACAAACCGCCUCAAAAAACAGUGGGAUAAUCUGGCUAUCGCGAAAAAGGCGCUGGCUCUCGGGUCUGAAGAU